AUGCAGCAGCAGCAGCAGCAGCAACAGCAGAACAAGCAGCAGCAGUACCAGCAGCAACUGAAACACGCACAGCAGCAGCUGCUGCUGCAGCCGCAACAGCAAGAGCCAUUGCACCGACAGCAGCAGCAGCACCAACAGACGGUGCACAGCUCCAGUUGCUGCAGACCGUCGGCAGCAUCAGCAGCUCGCACACAGCAGCAGCAGCAACAGCAGCAGCAGCAACAGCAGCAGCAGCAGCAGCAACAGCAACAGCAGCAGCACCAGCGACAAUAA